AUAUCGCGAGAGACGGAGACUGGAAUAGGAGGCAGAGAAAUAUUCAUAUUUUUUUCACAGCAACAACAAUAAUAAAAUAAUAAUAAUAAUAUUACGGUUUAAUAAACGGCAGAAAACUCAAUAAGAGAGGGGGAGGACAGAAUGCGAGUUGAAACCGCGGGAUGAGAAAAAUAAAAAUAUGAAUCCUAAAGCAAUUUUUUAUUAUUAGCUGGGUUUGCUAGCUCUAGCAAGCUAAUAGCUAGGUAGGCAGCUAGUAAUAGCUAGCUAACUGCUGUUAGCUAGGUAAUAAUUUUAAAACCUAGCUAGCACGUUACUGACAGUAUUAGCCAGCUAGUUGUAAUCCAACUACCUAGCUACGGAGCAGAAGAGAUCCUAAAGACGUUGGGAAAAUCGGGUCGAUUUUCCCCUCAAAGCAGCGGCCUCGAGUUGUCAAGCGGAGCCGACAAUGAUUUUAGAUGUGUUCUCUUGGAAGCCCAGACUGUCUGAAAGAAAGACGGGAGGAUCCCAGUGAACAAGUGUCACCCAAACCACACCUCUUCCCCCUUUCCCCUGCAUUUCUUUCAAUCUCUCCCUUCCUGAUUUCCUACCUCCUUUAUUCCAUCCUUUUGAUCGCUUUCAAGCAUUUAGCAGAGAAAAUACAUAUACCUUUGUCUAUAUGCAUGGAAGAAAUUAAAUUUGGGAAUGUUGUUUCUCCAUUAGCAAGAUCGUUUUUGUGGAAAGAGUUUAACUUGAAAGUCACUUGAUUUGUUGACCAGCAACGACAGAAUAAUAUUUUGUCAUGUGUAAAUUUCUCCAAUGAAAAGGACUUGCAUCCUCCCUUGCCUCCCAAGCAGUGGUAAUCACUUGAGGCUCAAUUAAAACUUAAGUGAGUCAUCAACACUAAGUUAAAAAAAACCAUGAACGGCUCCCUCUUAACUCCUCCCAGCCCCCGUGCAUCCAAUUCCUCCCCUCUUCCCCCAUCUCCGUCUCCCUCUCCUUCUCCUCCUUCACCUUCCCUGUUACCCCUAUCUGCCCGGCCACCUCCUCUUCCCCCUCCACCCCCCCCUCUUCCACCCCACACUUCCUCUCUCUCUGAUACUCCCACCCCUUCACCCUCUCCGUCUCUCAGCUGGACUGACUUCUGUGAGCUGCAUGCACGGGUGGCGGCCGGGGACUUUGCCCGCCAUUUUCGAGCGUUCCUAUUGGAGAAUCCGCAUUACUCCCCGGAUUCUGCCGCCGCUUUCUGCCGCCGUUUUACCGACAGAUUUGUCCGUCACUUUGAGAACGAGCUGGAAGGAAGUGCCAUGGGCAAAGACACAGGGAGCUGGGUCCCUAAUUCUGACGCAACCUCCCUGGAAGAGGAGUCCUCGCCUCCGCUGGCCUCUGAGAUGACCACUUCCUGUCCAGCUACCCAUUUACAACCGACGCCUAAACCCCUCUCUGUUCGAGGGGUGCACGAGGGGCGUGGCGGAGAGAGGAUCCCGCCCUCGUUUCAGGAUACCUACGCCCAUACUCAAAUCCUGCCCCCAUCCUCGUCCUCCUCCUGCUCCUCCUCCAUGGGGGGGAACAACGGGAAGCGGGAGGAAGCGGGUAUGAUGGCUAAACGGUGUCCUGGAAUCGCCCCUGGGAUUGGAGACAGGGAAGAAGAGGAGAACUGGCCAGGAGCAAUAAUCGGAGAAGGAGGGGAGGCCGAGGAGGGAGAGGGAGAGACAGACGUUUGUCUGGACAACGCUGACGCCUGCUUAACGCCAAAAAACUUCCCGUCUACAACACCUUCAACCUCAGCCACUAAGGGGAAUGGUACGCCCGCGGGGAGCAACCCCAAAAACAAACUGAAAAAGAGGUUCUCCCUGCGAAACGUGGGGCGGAGCGUGAGGGGCAGCGUGCGGGGGAUCCUGCACUGGCGCAGCUCCUCCAGCGAUUCCCCCCAGAACUGCAACACCGCAAACUCUGUUUCACUUACCUCCAGCUACAGCUACACUAUGGGUGUGCAGGAUGGCAAGAGGAACUCAAACACCCAGCCCCAGGCCCCUACUUCCCUCCCUGUCUCCCUCUCCCUUCCGCUCUCCCUCCCCCACUCCUCCUCCUCCUCCCUGCCUCCCUCCUCCUCCAGCAGUGCCACCUCCCUCUCUCUCUCUGAAGCGAGGGACCGUCGGAGGAGUAACGGAGAAGGGGGAGGAGGGGUAGAAAAGGAGAAGUGGAGUCACCGUUUGGAAAAACUGCGUCUCUCUCGUUCCCCGCCCCCCCUGCUUCCGGCUCCUUCCUCCUUGUCCCCAUCCGCGUCACUCCCUCCCAGCAAUGCAAGCGGUCCAAGGAAGCCUGGAAGGCUGGUACGGGAGGGAGGGGUGACAGUCAGCUCCUCUUCUGACGAGUUCUCUGGGACCCACAGUUUUUCAGGCUUUUCUUUCGGACUGUACCAUCUUCAUCACAAUGCUGACAACAACAAUGCUGCUUCUAAUACGGUACAAACAAGCGCUGCCCUGCCUCCAGCCACAGGGGGCGCUGUGGGUUGGCGGGGCGGGCGCUGGCAAAAAUGUCGCCUGGUCCUGAGAGAGAGAGACAAAGAGGGAGGGGAAAGAGGGGAGGAUUACUUCCUUGAGUUUUUCAUCCCUCCCAAGUCCUCCAAACCCAGGCUGACUAUCCCAUGCUGCUCUAUUCUGGAUGUGCGGAGCACUACAGCCCUUGAAGUGCCAGACAAGGAAAACACUUUCCUACUGCAGGUGGAAGGGCCUGUACAGUACGUGAUUGAGACCAGAGACGCAGUGCAGAUGAGAGCUUGGCUGAGCGACAUCAGGAACGGUAUUUGUCUGAGUGAACAGGAAGAUAUCGAGGGAGUGUGUGGGGGGAUUCAGACAGAGAUCAGUGGGACCCCAGAGUUCAAUGACCGCCUGUCUCAAGUGUGUUAUGGAGGUGUUGGUGGUUCCUCUCCCCUCCUAGAACCCCUCCCACCAGAGCUGCCCCCGCGUGCCCCUCUUGACGAGUCAGAGAACCGGCUUUUGGGCGGAGGUGGGGCUAGCCUGGGCACUCCCUUUGCUGAAACGCCUGAUGCCACAGGCUCGUUCCUGUUCUCGGACGUGGGAGUGCCCAUGUCGGAGGCUGUGGAGCACCCGCUUAGCGAGUGUCAGUGGUUCCACGGCACGCUGUCGCGGCUGAAGGCAGCUCAGCUGGUACUAGCAGGCGGAACGGCCAGCCACGGGGUGUUCCUGGUACGACAGAGCGAGACGCGCAGGGGAGAGUACGUUCUGACCUUCAACUUCCAGGGCAAAGCCAAGCACCUGCGGCUUUCCCUGAACGAGGACGGUCAGUGUCGGGUUCAGCACCUCUGGUUCCAGUCCAUUUUCGACAUGCUGGAGCACUUCCGUGUCCACCCCAUCCCACUGGAGUCUGGGGGGGCCUCUGAUGUCACCCUCAUUAGCUUUGUGGGGGCCACUGCAGUGCGCCAGCCAGACUUGACCAGCAGACCCCGUAGCCCUCCGCAGCCUCCCCCUCCCCCACUCCCCCCCGGCCGUCCACCACCCCCCACCCCACCCCAGGAGCGAGGGAACGAGGCGGAGGUGAGCGGAGGAGGAGUGACCGGAGCAGGGGCGGAGGAUUGCGAGGAGAGAGAGAGGGAAAGGGAGCGAGAGAUGCCGCUCCGCCAGCUGGAGGGAGUGGAGAACGAAGAAAGAGAGGGAGGAAGGGCAAGAGCCAUUGACAACCAGUACUCCUUCUUUUGAGAGGGGGGCAUUGAAAGGGAGAGAAGAGGAGGCCACUGAUAGCCAUUGAUAACCAGUAUUUUUUGUAAGACAGAGGGAGGGAAGAAAAUACUAACACUAUUAAAAAUGUGUAUCCUAAGAUGCAGCGAGGGAGAGAGAGAGGAGAGGAGGGGAGGGGAAGGGAGGGGAGGGAGGAAUGGAAAAUAUUAAAGCAGAAAACUAAAAGAAGUUACACUAAUAAUCAGAAAUGGGGGAGACGGAGACAAGUAAUAGCACUAAUUAUUUGCUUUUUUUUUUUUUUUUUUUUUUUUUACUUGUAUUGAUGGACAUUGUAAACAGCCUGACUGGACACUACAGUUCAUUAAUACUGCACUGAGAGACUAGGUGAACACAGUAUAUAUACAGACUGACUUUACAGCAUGCCACAAUACACUGACAUAGAGAAAAGACAUGAAUAAGGGGAACAUGUGUACCUCUGUCUCUCUCUCUGUCUCUUUCGCUGUGCUGUUGAACCAGAAUGGGUAGAUGGUAGUGAGAAGGAAAGCAGAGGGGAGGAGAUCAGAAGAGGGAGAGAGAAUGUCUUUCUUUCAGAAGAGAUAGUUUAUUAUUAAUAAUAAUAAUGAUAAUAAUGUUUUGAAUAAUAGUA